AUGAAAGUUUUAGACUGCAAAUUGUAUACGUUAAUCGCCUAUCUAUUGACAACCGUCUGCGAUGGUGAUUUGAUGAAGGAAUGCCAAUCGCCGCCAGAAGUGGACUCUGACUUUUGUGCGUCGUUGCCUGUGGGAAACUAUAAAUAUCCGUACAACUGCAGCGCCUUCAUUUCGUGCACAGAGUCCUGCCCUGAAUUUGAGUACUGCCCGGCGGGAAAACUUUUCAACAAUCUUUUGCGUAUUUGCGACACACCCGAAGCCGUUGAAUGCACGGAAUCGCCUUACCCAACCCCUCCGUCCACCGAGGCAGAUCCUUGCGUUGGUCAAGCAAACCACAGUGUGUUUCCAUCCGAGAGUGCGUGCAACGAGUUCUUCGUGUGUGUGGACGAUCGUGGUGAAGUGGACCAGUGCCCCGGCCAAAUGCUAUUUAAUCCAGCCCUCCGCAUCUGUGACUAUCCAAACGAUGUCUUGUGUUACGGCGACCAAUCGAGCCAGGAGGUGGAAGAAACGACAUCGACAACGGAGGGGAUAUUCAAUGACUGCGUCGGCCAGAAGCAGGGAACAAGAUUUCCGUACCGGAACAACUGCCAGCAAUAUUACUACUGCUUCGGCAACAACUCUUUCAUAAUCCUUCCCUGCCCCAUUGACAAUUGGUACAACCCGUACAGUGGUAAUUGUGGGCCAGAGGUCUCAGCAGAAGCGUGCCGCGAGGUGACAACAUCUACAACGCUCCUCACCGUACCUCCAACAACGCUAGAGGAGAAGGAAAACCUAUGCGCUGAACAGCAGCUGGGCGUCGCCUUUCCAUUGGAAUCAGACUGCCAACAGUACGUUCUUUGCCUGGGCGGUGGCCAGUCCGCAACUGCCAAGUGUCCAGUGAACGCAUGGUUCGAUCCGAAGACUGGCGACUGCGGACCCAAUGUGUCGCCCACAGCGUGCCUCGACUCGUUUACCACUAGCACAACCGUUCAAACUACCCAAAGCUGGGACGAUCUUUGCGCGGAUCAGAAGCUGGGCUUCUCCUACCCACUUGUGACGAACUGCCAACAGUACAUCCUGUGCAUGGGAGACGGAAGCUACAGCAUAGCCAAUUGCAUUUAUAAUGCCUGGUAUGAUCCCCAAACGGGCAAUUGCGGCCCCGAGGUUUCACCUACAGCCUGCACGGAGAAUGGAGUCGCCACUGAAUCAACUGCCAGUCAAUCCACAACUCCUUCUACAACACACUCUACCAGUUGGACCACCAUUCAGACUCCAGACACAACGACCAGCCUGCCAGUUGAUUCUGAAAUCUGCUCGGGCCAGAGCGAGGGUCAUUACGCUGCCUAUCCCGAAGAUUGCAGCAAAUACAUUGUGUGUGCAAGCCCGGUUCCUAUUGCCUUUUAUUGCAUGAAAGGCUACUACUUUAACGAGGCACUGCAGCAAUGCGUCGAGUGGGAGCUGAGUGAUUGCCCAAAAGGAGAGACGACAACUCCUUCGCCCAGCCAAACCACACCAACUCCAAGUACGACGGUCUGCCACAACAAAGCUGGCGACACCUUACCGUUUCCCGACAAUUGCCAGUGGUUUAUACACUGCCUGGACGAUGUCGUUUAUAUGAUGGGAGUGUGUGGAAGUGGAGAGUUUUUCGACCCGUUGACAGGGCAUUGUGGCCCCGAUGUAUCCCCAGAAGCCUGUCGAUGGGACUACGACUCAACCACUGCAGGCAGCACAGGAACAACCGAACAACAAUCAACGACUAUCAGUACAGAAAGUACUCCAACUACAGAAGCCACAGAUCCCUGCGAGGGCAUGCCUGCUGGUAAACUAGUUCCAUAUCCCAACGACUGCAGCAAGUUCAUAAAAUGUGUGCGACCUUUACCCAUCGUCUAUGACUGUGCAGAGGGUCAAGAAUUCAGUGCAUUCCUCGAACGGUGCAUGGCUCCGUGGGUUGCGAACUGUACAAUCCCAGCCACAACAACUCCGCUUCCUUCUGCCACCACAGCUGAGGGGACUCCAACAGAGGGUAGCUUUUGCGCUGAUCAAGCCGAAGGCUCCCCGGUUCCCUAUCCCGGCAAUUGCAGCAAGUUCAUAGUUUGUCAGGAGCCCAUUCCUGUGGGAUAUGCGUGUACAAAUGGAAAAGAGUUCAGCCCCACUGAUCUGGCCUGCAUGGAGCCCCAACUGGCAGGUUGCAGCACCAAUGAUUUGUUGUUUAAUAAUAAUGAAGUAUUUAUGUGGGAGUCCCUUAAGGCAAUUGCAAGAUUCGUUUGGUAGUCUUGAUGAAAUAUUAAAUGUGCAUUUAUUGACUGUGCUCAGAAUAAUUAAAGUGGGUUCUAGAAUCUAA